AGCCAUUUGACUCGAGACGAUGCGGGGCCUGCCCCAGCCUCGCAGACCAGCGUGCCCAGGCCCGCCACCGGCAUCACACGCGAGGACGCCAGCCUGGCCAGGAGAAGCCGUGGCCGCGGCCCUCUUGCCGAGGACGCCAACGCCCCAGCCGCCGCAGCAGGGCAGCCCGCCAGCAGCGAGGAUGCCUUCCUCGAGUCGGCGCCCGCGGCGACCCCGCCGGGAGGAGGGCCCAUCACCGUCGAGAGCUCGCCAGCCCCAGGGUGCCUCGGCACGUGCCUCCAGAGGCGUCUCCAAGGGGAGCGCGUGCGGCAGGGCUCCGCCAAAGUUCGCCCCGGCCACCAGGGAGCUGCUGGGGCGGGGGAUUAGCGUGAGGCAGCUGCUGGAGUUCUACGCCCACCACGAGCAGGCAGGCACGAUAGCGGGCUCCACCACCACGGGGGAGGUCGUGGAGCGGAUCCUGCGGCCCGCGCUUGCCGGUGGCUCUGCUCGGUGCUUCAUGGAGGCGGAGUUCAUGGUCGCUCGAGGCGGAGGCCGCAGGGCGAGCAGGCUCGUGGGGCACGCGAUGGCGUCGACCUUCCUGAGCACCGUGCUGAAUGUCCUCUUGGACGCAACGGGUUGGAGCUCCGACGAUCUCGUCAAGAACGCCUUCGGGAUCUUCGCCCACGAGGGCGGACUGCGCAGGGCCAGGCUGCUGGGGCUGCCGAUCAGGGCGUCGGCGCUGCUGGGGGCGCUGGACGAGCCCGUGCUCGGCAGGGCGUACUGGAUCUGCGCCUUCGCCGACGACCUCCGCCGCGACCGGACGCCCCUGGGAGGCGAGGGCGAGCUGGAAGAGCUCCUCGCCUUUUCAUCCUCUAUCAUCGAAAACGCACACGGCGAAUCACAGCCGCCCCUGCCUAUUUGCAAAACACGCAGGCGCUCGUCGUCUCCCUGGACAGGGGCCUGGGGGCGGUGGGGCAGCCCCGGGUCGCCGCGCAGGUCCUGCAGGCCGUCCGGUCUGGCGCCACGGUGCUGUUCAGGUCCGCCCUCGGGCUCACGAGCAGAGCCGCGGCCAGCUCGCUCGGCCAGGCGGCGCGCUCGCGGCGCUCGCCGAGGCAGCGGGCUCCGCGAGCUCGUCGCACGAGGCGGCCGCCAGCCCCGCGGCGGGCGGGGUCGGCGGCUCCUUACAC